GAACAGCGGCGCGGCGCGCUGAUUAUACUAUAGUGUUUGUGUAUAUCACUGACAUUAUACACAACAAGUUCGAAGUUAAAGACGCGGCCCCGUUCGCUGCUGGAUGAAUUAUACAAUAUUUGAUUUUAUUCGUGUUUGAUGUGUUCGUGAGAUGCCUUAUAUUAUAAUUGUUGCCACUGAUAAAAACCGUCAAAUUGAAGACGUAUUACUACCGUGUUGUUCAGCAUCCUCUGCAUCUUGUUCUUCUUCUUCUGCAACAUUAGGAACCUCAACCUCAACUGCAAUUAAUAAUACAUCAUCAUCGUGUUAUUGUAAUUGUGUAUUGUGUACAAAUAAUCGUAAACAUACACGAUUAUUAAAACAAUUAUAUAAUUAUAAACGUAAUUAUAUUUUAUUGAAAAAUAAUAACAAUAUUAAUAAUAAUAAUAUUAAUUCUACAACACCAAGUAGUGUAGGUGGUGAUAAACAAAAAAAAUUUAAGAAACGAGAACGUUUUGUAUUUUUUGAGAAAAGUGUAUUUUUAAAACGUGUGUUUAAAUAUCGACGUACAAAUACGAAUACAAAACGUAAUUCAAUUGUUGUUUCUUCAUCUGCAUCUUCUUCACCGGUAGUGUCACCAACAUCAUCGUCAUUUAAAAAGAGUGUUAUUAGCAGGUGGCGACGCAAAAAAAGAACGUCGCCUACUCUAAGAGAUUCGUCGAUGUACAUGAACACUAUUGGACGAACAUACAGAUAAAGCCUGUGAAAACACUUUAAAACAAAUAUUUUAAAAUUAAUGUUCCUGUUUUUUU